UUGGGCGGAAUUAUGAAUUUUCUAUUGAGAACUGCCCAUCCUGUAGCUUCAGAUCUACAUAGUUUUCCUGAAGCUGAACAGCAGAAAGAUGUGCCACUGACACAGAAGCAAGCUACUACUUUGGAGGGUCUCAUUGCUGAAGAUCCAUUUCCGAACUCGCGCACAAAAGAAGAUGAUGGCAGAGGUGAUGGAGUUGGCGAUGGAGGUGGGGAAACACAAGGUUUAGAAAACCAAUUUGCUUGUGGAAACCUCGCUGAUGUUACAGAAGAUGAAGGAUGGAUCACAAUUCCAUGCAAGGAACUUCCAGACAAUUGGAGUGAUGCACCUGAUAUACUACAGUUGCGCUUGUUAGAUCGUUCUUUCAUUUUUCCUGGUGAACAGAUUCAUAUCCUGGUAUGCUUGUCAGCAGCAAAGCAGGACUCAGAAAUCAUUACUCCAUUUAGAGUUGCAGCAGUGAUGUCUAAAAAUGGUAAAUCUAGUCAGAAUGGAAACCAACAAACUGAAAUUUUAGGAAUUAAAUCCAGUUCUGCCAGUGGGGAGGGGGAUGCGAAUGGCACAUGUGAAGAAACUGCUCAUCAAAGUAUAAAAGACAAUGGAGAAACUAUAUCAGCUGGAAACGAGAUGACUCCUAGACGAGUUAUCUCUGCAACCAAAUCUCUCCUUAUGAUGGAAGAUCAUAAGCAACAGACUGAAAAUUUGUUGGAAAGAUUUAGAAAUUCAAAUUUCUUUGUUAGAAUUGCCCAGUUGGAUGAACCACUUUGGUCUAAGAGAAAUGUAGCAGAACAAUCUUCAGUGAAUUCUGGGAUGGCAGGGGGAAGUUUCCAAUCAAUUGGAGGAUCAUUGAAAAUGUCAGUGAGCCUUCUUAAUGCAGUUGUUGACAAGGGAAAUUUUGAUGGUAAUGCAUCUGGUGGACUGGCUCGAGACACUGUCAAAUGCUACUCCCUGCGCAAUGGUGACAUAGUGGUUCUUUUACAGGUGAAUGUUGGAAUUAGCAAUAUAAAAGACCCUGUUCUUGAGGUUCUUCAAUUUGAGAAGUACCAAGCUAGCAAUUCUUUUUCUGAGAACCUCGAUAACUCACCUGUUCCAAAUAAUGAGGAUCCGUGUCAUGAGCUGCUUAGAUGGUUGCUCCCCUUGGAUCGCACUCUACCUCCUCCACGUCCAUUAUCACCUCCUUUAAGCUCCAGUAUCUCUCAGAAAACAUAUUCAUCACCUAGUUCACAAAUUUUUUCUUUUGGUCAUUUUAGAAGCUACUCCAUGCCUUCACUUCCUCAAGUUACCGGACCACCUUCAUCUGCUGUUCCUCCCUCCAACUCAAGACCAGCAUUUGAUCUUGAAGAUUUUGACCGCUUUUCACCGGAGAAGCCAGUAAGGAAUCAAGAUAUGCGAAAUGCAGGGCUUUUAUCAUUUCGAGGUGUUUCUUUAGAGCCAGAACGGUUUUCUGUUCACUGUGGGCUGGAAGGCAUGUACUUGCCUGGCAGGAGGUGGCAGAGAAAACUUGAAAUCAUUCAACCAUUAGAAAUCCAUUCUUUUGCUGCUGAGUGCAUUACAGAGGAUUUUAUUUGCGUCCAAAUAAAGAAUGUUAUGCCGGCCCAUAUAUCAGAUUCUAUUAUUUUUUUGGAUGCAAUAACUGUUGUCUUCGAGGAGGCUUCAAAAGGAGGUCCAUCCAUAUCCCUACCAGUUGCAAGUACUGAGACAGGAGAUGGUCAUAGCUUGCCCAAUCUUGCCCUCAGGAGGGGUGAAGAACAUUCUUUCAUUCUCAAACCAGCAACUGUGCUAAACGGAGGUUUUAGGGGUAAUGGCGAGAUAGGCUCUAUGCAACCACAUUCAGAGAGGACUAUCACGGCGCCAAAUGUGCAUUUGAUAUCAAGAAGUUCAGAUCAGUAUGCGAUUCUAGUAUCAUGUCGCUGCAACUAUACUGAAUCAAAACUAUUUUUCAAGCAGCUGACAGAUUGGCGACCUCGCAUUGCAAGAGAUCUCAUGAUCACUGUAGCAUCAGAAUCAUAUCAACAAACUAUUAGAACAAAUGCAAAAGCACCGCAGCUUCCUGUUCAGGUGUUAACUCUAAAAGCUACAAAUUUAACAUCUGAAGAUCUUACACUAACUGUUCUUGCUCCAGAAUCAUCUACCUUUUCACCUUCAGUUUUAUCCUUGAACUCUUCACCAAAAGCCCCAGUGGGCCCUUUUAUUAGUUUUCAUGAGUAUAUGGGAAGGACGGAUGGGGAAAAACUUGAAAUUAGGACGCAUAGGCUGAGUUCAAUGCCUGCCACAACAGAUUCUCAAAAAGCAAGUGAUAGUGGUGGAAUAAGAUCAAGAUCCCUCGAGCACCGGACUGAUACAAUGUCUCAUGUGAUUUCAAGUAAUGACUCAGGCUGUACACAUCUAUGGUUGCAGAGCGCAGUUCCUCUAGGAUGUGUUCCUGCACAUUCGAGCGCUACGGUCAAGCUUGAGUUACUUCCAUUAACUGAUGGCAUAGUUACACUUGAUACACUUCAAAUAGCUGUCAAGGAGAAAGGUCUGACAUAUAUCCCGGAGCACAAGUUGAAGAUACAUGCCACUUCCAGCAUUGCAACAGGGAUUUUGUAGUGCAUGUUAAACCUGCUGUGGUCUGUUAUUUGGUUAUCUCAGCCAUCUUGGUGGAUCAAAAUGUUGCAUGCUAGGUUUUGUAUGAUGUUGAAUAGAUGGAGGUUCAUACCAACAAGAUUACAAGCGCUACAUGAUUCCAUUUUUGCCUAUUUGAGGACCAAUGUGGUUGAAUGGUGCACGGAUUAUUUUCACAUUCACAGCUGAUGCCUUUGGUGGUAAUUUUUGAGUCGAUGACAAGGUUUCUGAUGUGCCUUGUCAACAGAUACCUCCAUUUAUGUUGUACUCUAUCAUCCACUUUACGAUGUCCGGUCAGCUUCCCCAUAUUUGGGAAUGCCAUGAUUAUAUUCGGUUCCUGUCAAGUAAUUUGUGAUUGUUCUUAAAUCUCAGAAUAAAUUGAAGUUCGGUGGUCAUAUGGAUGCCAUUUAUUUUUUUUAUGUCCAGAGUUCUUCCUAAGUUUGCAUGUAUUUGUUUUACCAUAACAUAAAUCAAAUUCCUUUCUAUAAUUAUGUA